AUGACAACUGAACAACAUUCUAUAUCUGUUUUGGGUUGUGGUAAUAUAGGUCUAUCGAUUGCUCAUGGAUUGGUUAAUUCCGGUCUGUACAAAUCUAAUCAGAUCAUCUUGACCAAGCGUAACACCGAAUCACUGGAAAAGUCGAUGGGAUCGAAAGGAUUCCAAGUUACCGCUGACAAUAACCUCGCAGUCAAGAAAUCAAAGGUUGUCAUUGUGUGUGUGACACCCGCCCAACUCGACUCACUGCUAGAAUCGAUCAGAUCAGUCAUCAAUCCAAAGUAUCACGUGGUGAUUAGCGUUGUCUCUGGUGCGUCGAUCGACGAUAUCAGUGUGAAACUCGGUAGUUCCGGUGUGGCGAUUGUCCGUGCCAUGCCAAACACCGCUAUCCAAUACUGCCAGUCGAUGACCUGCUUGGCUGUGCGUGGCACACACCAUGUUGCGGGUCGCGCCGAGAUCGAGGAGCGCAAAGAUCAAGCACUGGCAAUCUCUGAGAAGAUCUUUAACGUCCUCGGUAAUUGCAUUGUGCUGAAGGAGGAACAGAUCGUUCCUGCGACAGCGUUGUGCGCCUGUGGAAUUGCUUUCUUCUUCCGUGCGAUUCGUGCUGCCAGUCAGGGUGGAAUCGAGAUUGGAUUCCACGCAGAAGAUGCCAUCAAGAUUGCCGCUCAGACUGCCAAGGGAGCUGCUACUUUGGUGCUGGAGGGUGGUUACCAUCCAGAGUAUGAAAUCGAUAAGGUAACUACACCAAUGGGUUGUACGAUUGCCGGUCUCAACCAGAUGGAACACAACGGAUUCUCAUCGGCUAUGAUCAAAGGUAUUGUUACAUCCGCUGAGAAAGCAGCGUCGCUUUACAGUAAGAAACAACCAGCUCCAUCGACAACAACUCAUCAUCACCAUGCUCCACAAGCACACCAACAAGAUUCAGCAAGUACUACUACAACUUCAACAACUUCUACUGCCAACAACAACACAGAAAGCAAGAGUAACAAUAAGAGAAGAACAAGAAAUCAAAAUAAAUCAACAAGAAAUCAACAACAACAACAAACAACUGAGAGUAACAACACACAACAAGAAAAACCAGAUAGUAAUAAUAAUGAUCAAUCACAUGAACAACAACAAGAACAAGCACCAGAACAACAUCAACCAUCAACAGCAAGCUCAGAGAAUAAUGAACAACAACCACAACAACCACAACAACAACAACAGUCACAUCAAAACAAUAAUAGUAGACGUGGAAAGUCUAAUAACAGUAGAAGAUCAAACACAAAGAAAGAACAAGAAGAUCCAAACAAUCCAUGGAAGAAACAAGAGAAUAAUCAUCAACAUCCAGCACCUGUAUAUGAUGUAAAUAGUGUAGACGAAGCAUUGGCAAAGGCAAGAUCAAGAAAUACACACCAACAAAACGGAAGAGGAAAUAGACGUGGUGGUAGUGGUGAUGGAGGUGGUGGUCGUCGUCAUAAUGGAAACAACAGCCGUGGUGGUGGAGGUGAAGGUGGUCGUCGCCAACCACAUCAACAUCAGCAUCAACAACAAGAAGCAAACUAA